AUGGUGGGAGAAGUGACCGAGUUCGAGAAGCGCAAGAUCAUUGCUGGAAAUGCAAAGUUCCACCGCCUCGGCUGGAAGCGCCUCACCAUUGUGUUGAUCGUCCAGGCCAUCGCCCUGGGAUCGCUGUCCAUCCCGGCCGCGUUCGCGACCCUGGGCAUGGUUGCUGGUGUCAUUUGCUCCGUCGGUAUCGGCCUGAUCGCCAUUUACACAUCAUACAUUGUGGGACAGGUCAAGGUGAACUUCCCAGAUGUGCAGCACUACCCUGCCGCAGGAGGGCUCAUGUUUGGCCGGGCCGGAUACGAAAUCUUCGGCGUCAUGUUGACGCUUCAGCUUGUGUUCCUAACGGCCUCGCAUUGUUUAACGGGGACAAUUGCGUUUCAAACUCUCACAGAGAGCGAUGUCUGCAGCUUGGUUUGGGGCGUAGUGUCUGCCGUCAUCCUGUUGCUGCUCGCUGUGCCUCCCAGCUUCGCUGAAGUGGCCAUCUUGGGAUACGUCGAUUUCGUCUCGAUUAUUCUGGCCAUUGGAAUCACUAUUAUUGCGACCGGAGUCAGGAAAUCCUCCAUUUCACCUCCGGUGGAAUGGUCAGCGUGGCCAAAGGAGGACAUCAGCUUCGCAACGGCAUUCAUCGCGAUUUGCAACAUCUUCUUCGCCUACAGCUUUUCGAUUUCUCAAUUCUCCUUCAUGGAUGAGAUGCACACGCCUACAGACUAUAUGAAGUCCAUCUGGACUCUGGGAGGCAUCGAAAUUAUCAUCUACACUCUCACAGGCGCCCUCAUCUACUCCUUUGUGGGAGUUGACGUCAAGUCACCCGCCAUCUUGUCCUCGGGAUCGACGGUGGCCAAAGUGGCCUUUGGAGUUGCACUGCCUGUCAUCUUCAUCAGUGGAUCCAUCAACACAACGGUUGGUGUUCGAUAUAUCCACGGGAGGAUGUACAAAAACAGCGUCACUCGCUUCGUCAAUACUAAGAAGGGCUGGAUCUCGUGGUUGGCUUUGAUCACGGUAUUUACCUGGAUCAGUUUUGUCGUUGCAGAGUCUAUCCCAUUCUUCAGCGACUUGAUCGCCAUCACAUCGAGCUUGCUGAACUCCGGUUUCACGCUGUACAUCCCUGCCAUGAUGUGGUUCAUUCUUCUCAAGAAGGGAAAUUGGUACAGCAAGGAGAACCUUUUCUGGAGCAUUGUCAACGGAUUUAUCUUCGUCAUGGGACUCAUUCUCUUGGUCGGAGGUACCUAUUCGUCGAUUAAGAACAUUAUGGUGAAGUAA